AUGGCAGAUGGCUCCCUAAACUGUUGGUAUCUGUCUGCAUAGAAUCCCAUGAAUCAUAGCUCACAGAGAAGCCAAGGCUCACAGGCCGGAUGUGACCUGCUGCAGGUUGAAGGCUUUCACCAGAAGGUCAAGGUGGGGGCCGAGAUAUAAGUUCUCCCAGGGAAGAAACCCCGGAGAGGAAAGAUUAAUGUAUAGAAAUGAUUGUCCCUUGAGGAAACAGACUCAAAGUGCCCAGGGUUGUGCAGUGGGUCAGUGAUUGGACAGAGAUUGGAACCGAGGUCUCUCAGGCCUGCAGUGGAAGUUCUCUGAUACUGCCUUACCUACCUUCCAAAAAGCAAGCUGCCCACGUCCACCCACUGAAGUGCUGUGUGAUGUUGGGCAAAGUGCUUGACCUCUUUGUGCUCUGGUUUCUGUAAAGGGGGCCAAUGGUCGCUUUGAACUCCUGGGAUUGUGGUUAGGAUUCACAAAAAGCAUAUAUUUCACAAAAGGCUUAUCCGGGAGGAGGCAGAACUGGGAUGCCACGGGAUAGUGGGACAGAAUGCUUGCACUCAGAAAAGUCAAACACUUCCAGAAAAAUCACAAAGCGCGUUGAAUGAGAAUUUUCGUCAUCACAAUAACUGAACUGCAGAGGGCGAGCCUGAGUGACUUUCAGUGAGUUCGCCCUCCCCUUGUCGUUUGCAAAGGAAUAGUGGGGACUGAGGGAAUGAAAGAUUAUCUACGAGUUCUUCGGCCGUGAUGUCCCAAAUUCUUUCAACACAGCCUCAGGGUACCCUGCACAGGUUGUCCGAAGCCACCUCUGGCUGCCAGGUUCAGGGCCAAACUCUGCACCUUGUACGCUCCAGCUCUUCCUGGGGCGCACCGCCUACGGCCCCUGCGACUGGCCGCCAGGCCUGCCCAUCUUCAGUUUCGCAGCCAAUUAUCGUCGCUCUCCAGGCUACUGCCUCCAUUCCUUUCGCACCCGUCAUGCCAGCCACCUUGGAGCCCUCUCUUGCUCCCCAUCGAUUGGUGGUCAGACUGCCUGUCUUCUGCCAGUGCUCCAAUCCUUGCCUACCUCCAGGCCUGCACCUCCCAGCACCUCGCACCCGGCGAGACCACCUCAGGGACCAAGAGUGUCUCCCAACAGCCCGCCUCUACCCCUCAGCGAUUGGUUUUAGGGGCUGCUUGUCUGCUUUAUGCUCACCAAUCCUUGCCGUCUCGAGCGCUGAUUGGCCAUCAUGCAACCAAUUGGAGCGCGCCAAUGACCCCUCCCGCGGCUCACUCGGGGAGUGUGCGAGGCGGAGCCGUGGCGACUGGAGGCGGCGGCGGCGGCGGCGGCGACGGCGACGCGUCCCAGCCGGACCGGGUCUCCGCCAUCCCCAGCAGCCUGGAAUGGGUAAUGGUGUUAAGGAAGGCGCGGUGCGAUUGCGUGAGGAUGCUGAGGCCAUCCUGCCCGCACCUGUCUCCUCAAAGAGCGAUCACAGGCAAGUUCUCAGCUCCCUCCUGUCCGGGGCCCUGGCUGGCGCUCUUGCCAAAACGGCAGUAGCGCCCCUGGACCGAACUAAAAUCAUCUUCCAAGUGUCUUCAAAAAGAUUUUCUGCCAAGGAGGCCUUUCGGCUGCUCUACUUCACCUACCUCCACGAGGGCUUCUUCAGUCUGUGGCGCGGGAACUCGGCCACCAUGGUGCGCGUGGUGCCCUAUGCCGCCAUCCAGUUCAGCGCGCACGAGGAGUACAAGCGUGUCCUGGGCCACUAUUACGGCUUCCGCGGAGAGGCCCUGCCCCCUUGGCCCCGCCUCCUCGCAGGGGCCCUCGCUGGAACCACAGCCGCUUCACUUACCUACCCCCUGGACCUGGUCCGAGCGCGCAUGGCUGUGACCCCAAAGGAAAUGUACAGCAACAUCUUUCACGUCUUCAUCCGCAUCUCCCGGGAAGAGGGGCUGAAGACCCUCUACCAUGGCUUCACGCCCACCGUGCUGGGGGUCAUCCCCUACGCAGGGCUGAGCUUCUUCACCUAUGAGACGCUCAAGAGCCUGCACAGAGAGUACAGCGGCCACCGGCAGCCCUACCCCUUUGAGCGUAUGAUCUUCGGAGCCUGCGCGGGCAUCAUUGGGCAGUCCGCCUCAUACCCGCUGGACGUGGUGCGGCGGCGCAUGCAGACGGCCGGCGUCACGGGCUACCCGCGCGCCUCCAUCGCCUGCACACUGCGUACCAUCGUGCGGGAGGAGGGCGCAGUGCGCGGCCUCUACAAGGGCCUGAGCAUGAACUGGCUCAAGGGCCCCAUUGCAGUGGGCAUCAGCUUCACCACCUUCGAUCUCAUGCAGAUCCUGCUGCGGCGUCUGCAGAGCUAGGGGCCUUGCACUUGGCAGCUCUCGGGACAGGGAGCCGAGCUCCAGCUCGGGAAGGACUGCUGACCCUUAAUGCUUUGGAGCUCAGAAGCGCGGGGAGCAGGGGGCGCUUGGUUUUGCCCCGGAGCCAUGUGUUGAACAAGCAGGCAGGCCAGAGGGGCUGAGCCCAGAGCUUCAGGUCUGGGUCUGAGAGGAAAGCCAGAAGCCCUUGGAGGGCAGUUUUAGGAUGUGUUGGCUAACCACCUCUUCCCUUCUCCCUGGGGCUGGUGCUGCCUCCUGGAGGUACCGCCUGAACGCCCUGAUGCUGGAGUGACCAGCGUCUCCUGGCACUCUGUGUCCUUGGACACGCUCCUGAGUCUAAUGACCCUGUCCCCACUGGGCUCAGAGCCAGACUCCGCCUCCCACUUGUCCUGGGUCUAUGCUCAGGAUGGGGGAGCUGAACAGUGCAGGAGAGGCUUGGCCUACCCUGUCCAUGAUGGGACCAGUCUCCUGCUCAGUUGUGGCUAUAAAUGCAGCCUCUUACCCACCCCACCCCUGUCCUGCCUUUUUUUCCCAGGUGACAUGACUCCCUCCAGCCCCAGAGCCUUCUGCUCUGGAACAGCCUUGUCUGAGACUAUUAUCCUGAUCCUGAUUCCACACCAGUGUAGGGACCCGGAGCUGGUCUUCCCCGCUGUUGCUGGCCCCUUGGCAACACCCAUGGAGGCUGGGCCUGAGGCCCUGACCCUCUGCCCACAGGGUUGUCUGAGGUCCUUGAAUGAAGUGCAUGGAGGUGGCUGGCAGCCUUGAUCUUACCUAAAUGGGAACUUCCAAGACAGUAUAUGUGGCCAGGGGUGGAAAGCUCAGAAGAGUCAGGGGACCCCCUGGGAGCUGGUCUCACGGAGAAGUUCCCGGAUCCCUUGGGUAUCACAGGGAUGGAGGAACGCUCAUUUCCUAAUGAUGUUUGUAGUUUAUUGACUUUGUUUUUUCAAUUUAGCCAGCCCUGGGUCUACUCACGGUAAACUCUGACUGAUCUGAUCUGGUUCUAGGACAUCCACCAUGCGUGAAAUGACCUGUGUGCUUGCCCCACACACAUUUCCAGUUGUGACUUUCAUUUCUUCCCUUCAUUCUAUUCUGUCUGUUCUUGCCUUGGACUUGUGUCUGUUCUUGCAUGUGUCCAUCAGCCAGCCCCAGUCUCAUACCCAGACUCUUGUCCCCAGAGGCCCAAGUAGCCUGCGAUGACUGUCAUAUUGGGUGAGUGUCCCACCUCUUCUCCCCACCUUGCUCAGUGCGCAGGAGAGGCAGGGUCACCCCUCACAGAGAGACAGGAUGGGGACCCAAGAGCCCCAGGCAAGAGAGAGCAGCAGGGACUGGGGGCCCACCCCAGGCAGGUGAGACUAGGUGACUGGCUGGGCAGCACCCUACUUAGGACUACAGGCUGGGCAGGAGUGGGAGAGUCCCUCGGGUCCUGCUGGACCCAGUGUGCCUGCCCAGGGUGGCUCCCAGUCCAGUGGGCCUUAGCAGUGCCACCCCAUUCCUCUAGUGCCACACACAACUGGACGGGCACCCUCCGCAGUCACACCCCUCCCUACUGGCUGCCUGUCCUGGUCUGGAGUUAUUUUGAUGCCAUGAAGACACUUUGUUUAUAUAUAAUGUUUAUAUAUUUUAAAGAUUUGUGCCAAGAGAGUAUAUUUAAUAAAAAUUAAAAUAACUUUUUCUCCUGUCCACGUCUCUUUCCUUAGGCUCUGACCCCUACCCUACCCACCCACCAUGAACCUAAAAUAGAGUUGAGGUUAUUUUGACAGAACUUUUAGUAAAGUCAUGAGUAGACAUUUUAAAAAUGUAAUUGAAUUGUUAAUUAAUACUAUGAUUUUCUAGAAAAUGCAAACUGCCCAAAAGGGUUUACCAAGUAAGUAGGCCUCCUAGUUCCUUCUGCAGGGGCAUCACCAUUUACCAGUUCGUUGUAUGUCCUUCCAGAGAUCUUGUGCAUACAUACUUGUACCUUUGGGGACAUCAGUCAAAAUGGGCCACUGCCCAUCCUGUGUGCACUGCUCCAAAAUCCCCAGAUUUCUCUCUCCUGAGCCCUGUGGUCUGUUGCAUGCUGGGGGCUCCAUUUCACAGAUGGCUGAGGCCUUUGGUGCUGAAUGUCCCCAUCUUCAAGGGCAGGAGGGUGAGGCCACCAUUGGUCUAUCACAAUGGCCAUGAAAGAACGUGCAGGGUGCACCAACCAGAGGGGGGAAGCGAGAGCCUCGCAUGGGUGGUAAGCAAUGCGCUAUUUACUUAUUUACAAUUUAACCCCAUUUAUUUGCUCAUUCCUGGGUUAGCUUUUUGUCAUCAGGAAUAACGCUGUGACUGCCACCCUUGCUCCUGCACCCAUAGGUGAGAAUCUCCCAAGAUGUGUCCCUGAGGGACCAGCCAGCUAUGGAGUCACCUCUUCCAGGUGCCACCAAAGCACUCCCCAGCA